AUGGGUCCCAUGCGUCCGCUCUCUGUCGCCGGCGUCGUCGCCAUCGCUUCCGCAGCUCGUCGCGUUCGCGACCCCAGCCCGUCGCCUUCGAUCCGCCCGUCGCCUUCACUCCCCCCCCGUCGCCCCUACUCCCCCCCCUCCCCCCGCUCCGUUGCCUUCAUUUCCCCCUCCCGUCGCCUUCACUUCCCCCUCUCGUCGCCUUCACUUCUCCCCCUCCCGUCGCCUUCACUUCCCCCCCGGAGUGUUCGCCUUCAUUUCCCCCCAUCCUGUCGCCUUCACUUCCCCCCCGGAGUGUUCGCCUUCACUUCCCCCCCUCCCGUCGCCUUCACUUCCCUCCCUCCCGUCGCCUUCUCUUCCCCCCCUCCUGUCGCCUUCUCUUCCCCUUCCCGUCGCCUUCACUUCCCCUUCCUGUCGCCUUCACUUUCCCUUCCCGUCGCCUUCACUUCCCCUUCCCGUCGCCUUCUCUUCCCCUUCCCGUUGCCUUCUCUUCCCCUUCCCGUCGCCUUCUCUUCCCCUUCCCGUCGCCUUCUCUUCCCCUUCCCGUCGCCUUCUCUUCCCCUUCUCGUCGCCUUCUCUUCCCCCUCCCGUCGCCUUCAAUUCCCCCUUCCGUCUGCUUCAAUUCCCCCUUCCGUCGCCUUCACUUCUCCCCCCCGAUGCCUUCAAUUCCCCCUCCGGUCGCCUUCCCCGCAUGCCGCACUCGCUUUCCCGCCCUUCACACUUGCUUCCCCACCCGUCGCCUUCACUUCCCCUUCCAUUGCCUUUCGCUCUCUCCUGCUCACUCUCCCUGCUCACUCUCUUUCCCACUGCUCACUCUCUUCCCCCCUGCCCACUCUUUUCCCCACCCUUCACUCUCUCCUCUCCUGUUCACCCCGUGUUCUCACCCCUCUUUCCCCCUUCACUCAACCGUUCCCCCCUGCUCAACCUCUUUCCCCCUGCUCUCUCUCUCUCUAA